GAGAGAGAGAGAGAGAGAGAGAGAGAGAGAGAGUGAGAGAGAGAGAGGACAGAAGAGUCCGCGGAGGAGAAAAGGAGGACAGGCAGAAAGCAGGAGGCGCUCCUUGCAGUCAGGAGGAUGCUGCGCUGACAUGCGGAUCGGCACUCUCUGAUCCGGAUCCACCUCCCUCCUCCACUGACUGCAGAUCAGCUAACAGAGAGUCCUCUGUUCUCUCUCCACACACCCUCUCCUCCAUCUCCUCCUCCUCCUCCUCCUCCACCUCCUCCUCCUCCUCCCUCUGGACCGGCUUUUGUCGCCAUGCCGCCGGCCGCCUGCUCGGUCGGACUCCGCAUCACCUUCCCGGCGGUGCUGUGGAUCGGGCUGCUGUGGAGCUGCGUCUCAGCAGGAGAUAAAGGAGUCCCCACAGCCGCCCCCUCUACCCAGUCUCCAGUGGUGACGCCAGGGAGCACAAAGGAAAGCAGCCCCAAAGGCAAAAGCUCCAGCGCGUUGGCUGGAGGUUUGCUACAGUCAGUGCUGACUCAAAAAGGACGAUUCGUCUCCCAGAAAGGGGACAUCCUCCCCUCCGCUCUGCCCCAGAACCUGCUCCCUCUUCUGGGCAGAGGACUCAGCGUCAGCUCCCUCCCUGGGAGUCAUUCCCUGGAGCAUCAAAGCGGGGGAUUACUGAGGAGGGUAAAACCCCCAGCAUCAGCUGCAGUGUCAGGCCGAGGCAGCGGUCCAACUGAGCCUCUGCCCACAGACACACACUCCCAGCUGCCUCACACGCAGACACACACCCCCGAGCAGGAGGCUGAGAUCACCACUGUGGACACGAUGCUGGAUGUGGACACAGAGACAGGAACACCUGCCUCAGCUGUGUCGAGCUGCAUGGUGAAUUUCUCAGACCCAGAGGGAUACAUAGACUCGUCUGAUGACCCCCCUCUGCCUGACGGCACCUUCUUACACUGCACCUACACAGUGACAGUGUACACCGGCUACGGAGUGGAGCUGCAGGUGAAAAGUGUGAACCUCUCAGAGGGCGAGCAGCUGUCCAUCAGGGGUGCGGACGAACGAGGCGCCCUGCUGGUCCUGGCCAAUCACACGCUGCUGGUUGAAGGUCAGGUGAUCCGCAGUCCCACCAACACUCUGUCCGUGUACUACCGCUCCACGCCGGAGGGAAGCAUGGGCAUCUUCCAGCUGCACUACCAGAUCUUCAGGCUGAGCUGUUCGCUGCCCAAGAGGCCUCACUUCGGGGAGGUGUCGGUGCUGGACCUGCUCCCUGGAGGCACCGCCCGCUUUCACUGCCACAUGGGUUACCACCUGCAGGGGGAGACGCUGCUCACCUGCCUCAACGCCUCCCUGCCCGUGUGGAGCGGCAAGGUGCCCAGCUGCAGGGCUCUUUGUGGGGGCACGGUGAAGAAUGCUACAGUAGGGAGGGUGCUCUCCCCUUCUCCCCACCACGGGCCUAACGCCACCCAGGACCGCUCCUGCUCCUGGUCUCUGGAGGCCCCCAAGGACCAGAGGCUGCAUCUCCACCUGGAGAGACUGGCCUUGGGCCCCACUGACAGGCUGGUGUUGUGGAGCGGGUUGGACGCCGGCUCCGUGGUGCUGUUCGAUUCGGGUCGGGGCGGGCAGAUACCUUUUGAGGGAGUGAUCAGCGAGGGUCCGGCCGUGAGGAUCCAGUUCAUCACCGACCAGCCCAACCACAACACGGGAUUCAACAUCCGCUACGAAGCCUUUGAGCGCGGCCACUGCUACGAGCCGUACCUCCAGAACGGAAACUUCACGACCUCGGACCUGCUGUACGGUGUCGGCGCUGUGGUGCAGUUCACGUGUGACCCGGGCCACGCUCUUGAACAAGGGCCCCCUGUUAUCGAGUGCAUCAGUGCGAGGGAUCCAUACUGGAACGACACAGAGCCACUAUGCAAAGCACAGUGUGGAGGUGACCUGACUGGUCCCGGAGGCGUGAUUCUGUCCCCGAACUGGCCGGAGUGGUACGGCGAGGGCGAGGACUGCAGCUGGAGGAUACACGUCGGGGAGGACAAACGGGUGCUGCUGGAUGUACAACUACUGAACAUCAGCGACAGCGACAUGUUGACCAUCACUGACGGCGACGAGGUCACGACUCGUAUCCUGGGGCGCUACGUUGGGGGGAGCAGCCCCUUCAAGCUCUCCUCCACCACCCCCGACCUGACCGUCACCUUCCACUCCGACCCAGCGGGGCUCGUCUUCGGCAAGGGCGAGGGCUUCAUCAUCAACUAUAUGGAGGUGUCCCGAAACGACUCCUGUGCCGACCUGCCUGAGAUCCAGAACGGCUGGAAGACGAUAUCCCACAUUGCACUGGUGCGAGGGGCUCGAAUCACCUACCAGUGUGACCCCGGUUACGACCUGGUGGGACGAGAGACCCUCACCUGUCAGUUGGACCUCUCCUGGAGCUCGCAGCCCCCGUUCUGUGAAAAGAUCAUGUACUGCUCAGAUCCUGGCCACGUGGAGCACUCCACCAGGUCUCUGUCCGACCCUAAACUCUUGGUGGGGACGACCAUUCAGUACAGCUGCAACCCCGGCUUCAUCCUGCAGGGCGGUGCCACCAUCACCUGUUACGGCCGUGAACCGGGGACCCCUGUGUGGACGUCUCGCCUCCCUCACUGUGUUUCUGAGGAUUCGGUUUCCUGUGAAAACCCCGGUCUCCCUGACAACGGCUACCAGAUCCUGUCCAAGAGGCUUUACCUGCCCGGUGAAUCACUCACCUUUGUCUGUUACCAAGGCUACGAGCUCAUUGGAGAGGUUGCAAUUAAAUGCAUCCUCGGAAACCCGUCCUUCUGGAGCGGCCCACUCCCUCUGUGCAGGGCCAACCAUGACUGCUUUGGCAACCAUGCUUUGGAAGUUGCAGAGGCGACUGCCGGCUCCACUCUGGAUGGAGGGAACGUAGCGCUGGCCAUCUUCAUCCUCGUUCUUCUGCUGUCCGUGCUCCUCGGUGGGGCUUACGUCUACGUCACACGGUGCCGAUAUCACUCCAACUUAAGGCUUCCUCUCAUCUACCCCCACCCCUACCGACAGAUCACUGUGGAGACAGAGUUUGACAACCCGCUCUAUGAGACAGGAGGACAGGACACUCGUGAAUAUGAAGUAUCGAUAUGAGAAGCCUCGCAAAAAGACAUUUCUGAACCGAGACCGCCCGCCCCGUCCUAACUCUUCAUCCCCUCCUCCCUCCUUCUCCGCCCAGGAGGAGGCGAUGUAAAUACAAAUAGAUGAUGUCCAGCCCCUUCUGCCACGAGGCGCGGUGACCGAUCCUGUUCUCUCCUCCUUUGACGUGACAGCUUCUGAAGACAUGAUGGGAAAAUAGGAGAGGAAACGCAGAGCAGGAGAGGGAGGUAGACGAGUCCGCGUUGAACCCGUGUGGAUCAGUGUCGCUGGGAGAUGAUGGGAGAUGGAGGACUGAGGGGAAAGACCCAAAGAUCAUCUAACGUGGUGAGAAAAGAAGAGGCGUUGGGUGUGAAAAAGAAGUUAAGGAGGGGAGAAGGGGAAGGAGAGGGGGACAGGACACGGUAUGAGGAAUGCGGAUGAAGCACUUUUUAGUAUUUUUUGUCUUUAAAAGACUUUAGUGAAAGAAUCCUGGAAUCUGUCUCAGAGGGAGAGAGAGUUAAAGUUAUAAUCCUUAAGAUUUUCAUGAAAUCAAACCCCAUUUUUGAUACUAUCUAUGGUUGGAUUGAUUCUGCAAUAGCCUUUAAAUGUAUUUCCAUUCAGCAGUUACCUCUCUGAGUAGUAGUUCACACUGUUAGUGGUGAAGAUUUUUUUAGAUUGCUUCAGACUGACAGAGAACUGGACUGUUUGUGUUUAUUCGCAUCAAACAGCCAAUGUACCACUGUACAUUAGCUUUAAGCUACCGAGCUAGUGUGCGGCUCCUUUUUCCUCUCGUCUGUUCAUUCAUAAAGCUGCUUCAUAAAAUCCUCGGGAUAAUAAUUCCUUGCUCGAGUUGAAACCUUUUGUCUCCCGUAUCUGGGUGAAUUUGAGUCUUUCAACUGACUUUGUGUGCAAUCUGCUUCUAAGAUUUGCUUCUCAAACCAUCUGAAUCCGGAAUGUAUUACAGGAACCGGAUAGAGGACUCAAACGUGGCGGCCACUUACUUGAGUGAAAAUCUGCCAAAAAAACGUGGAAAGGGAGGGUCUUUCUCUCUAUUGUGAGGACGUUACGCACUUUAAAAUUGCUUUUCUAGAAUCUGGGAAAGUUUAAAAAUAUAUAAAAUGGAUUCAAAAUCAAAAAGAGUAAUAACUGACCAUGUUUGCAGUUCCACAGACGUCUCUGUUAUAAUGGAGGUCUAUGGGGAAAAUGCUUGCAGCCACAGGGGCUAUGUGUAUCCUCUUUCAAUACAUCCAUAGCCUGAAUGCACAGUAAAACCACACUUUCUGUAACCAUGGUAACCACUGGAUUUAACCGGGAUUUUAAAUCUUAAGGAUUAAAACUUUGGGGAUAAAUUGGCAGAUUGAACGGUGGAUUUUUUUUACUUUUUCCACACUCAUUGCCACAAAAUGAUAAUAACAGGAAGGAAAUAACGGUCAGUGGCUUCCUUUUUGUUUUCCUUUCCUUGUUAGUCCGACACGCGACGUCAGCUGUCUCCUGUCCCCGAACUCCUCCCCCUGCCUGCAGUCACCUUCAAGGCUUUUUUACUCCAGCCGGUCCAGUUCUGGCUUUAGCUGUUAGUUACGUGGUAUUUAAAUCUAUGACUUUAGGGCCGGUGCAGUGCUGAUGUCUUAUUUCUCACGUGUAGUUAGACUUACGACGGUUGUAGACUGGUCCUCAGAGUCCCCCAGGUCCGGACCGGCAGACGAUUAGAAAGGUAAAAUGAAAAACAUGCAUUGUUGCAGACGUGGAGGUUGCGAUGUGAAUAGCGUAGCUGUAGUUACCUGACCGAUCUUCGAGUGCAAGCUCAAUCAACCCACCAGAUGAUGUAUUUAUUUUGAUGUACUGUACAUGUGAUGUUUUAUGCAGAUUGAUAAAUGUACAUUUUCAUUAUGAGAAGACAAAUGUUAACAGUUUCCCUAAAUAAAUGGUAAAACUUGAAUAAAAAGUACAAAACACUUAAAUAUUAAAA